AUGGCCAGUCCUACUGUGCUUACCUUUGACGCUGAGGGUCGUCCUAUUAAGUUCGAUGUUUGGCUCGAUGACCUUCACCUCUACCUUCAGAUCACCGCCAAGGACGAUAUUUCUCUUUAUGACCACACGUCCGGCGCCGCUCCCGCCCCUGCCGCCGAUGCUGAUAGCACCUUGCGCUCGCAGUGGCAGACCCGUGACGCUCACGCUCGCCUAGCCGUUCGCAGCCACCUGCCGUUAGAUGAGCGCGAGCAUUUUGGCCAGCAUAAGACCGCCAAGGAACUGUACGACGCUAUAGUCGCGCGCUACUCCUCCCCUGCCACUGCUACUAUAGGCCGUCUCUCACUGCCCUACCUCUUUCCCGACCUGUCCGCCUUUGCCACUGUCGCUGACCUCAUCACCCACCUCCGUACCAGUGACCUCCGCUACCGUGCCGCGCUCCCCCCCGAUUUCCUCGCCAAGAACCCCCCCCCGAUGUACCUCACACUGUACCACCUUGUCACCCGCCUCCCUGACUCCCUUCGCACUGUCAGGGACCAGUGCCUCCCCCGCACCCCCUUCUUUGAAGGGUGCUCCCCCUCCCCCCUCCUCCCAUCCAUUGCAUCUGCUGCUGCUGUCGACUACCUCGGUGCUGAGGGAGUCGGGACUGCGUCUGCUCCCAGUGGGCGGCGCAAGAGCGGCAAAGGCAAGGGGGGCCGGGGUGGUGGAGGUGGCGGUGGGGGCGGCGGCGGUGGAGGGGGUGGGGGGGGCGGGGGUGGUGGCGGAAGUGGGAGUGGCGCGGGUGGUGGGGGGGCCAGUGGAGGCGCAGGGGGUGGUGGCGGCGGCGGCGGUGGUGGGGGUAGGGGUGGGGGAGGAGGUGGUGGUGGUACUGGCGGUGGUGGAGCGAGUGGCGGGCGCGGUGGAGCGGUGCAGCGUGGGGGGUUCGGAGGUGGUCCGAGGCAGCCGCAGCAGCGUCCUGGCGAGACUCCCUCGCCCCAGCAGCUUCGUGAGUGGUACUCUCAGCGUGGGGGGUCUGGGGGUGGGGGCAUUUGCUCGUACGUCAUCCGCACAGGUGAUCGCGCUGGCCAGACUUGUGGGAGGUUCCACCCGACACAGCGCUGCUUCUCUCGCCUCGAUGACGCCUGGCGCGAGCAGUUCCCUGACGCCUCUGAGCUGCCUCGCUGGGCUGAUCUGCUUAGGAAGGGAAUUGAUAUCUUUGCUCUUGAUUAUGAUGCUAUCCUUGCUGCCAUGUAUGCAUUGACUAUUAGUGCUGAGGGUGACUGUUACCUGAGUGUGCCGCCUGACCCAGGUAUUGGUACUGGUAUGGCUGCUGCGCUAGGUGCUAGUGCGUCUGCGUCUGCUGGUACUGAGUCUGCUACAGCACUGCACACCUUCACCCUGGACUCAGGUGCUUCCCGCUGUUUCUUUCGUGACCGCACAGUCCUUGAGCCACUCGCUCGGCCUGUUGCUGUCUCCCUUGCUGACCCCUCUGGGGGCCCGGUCCUUGCGACCUCCUCCACUGUCCUCCCUUGUCCUGCGGCCCCGUCUGGCACUUUGUCGGGUCUUUACCUCCCCUCGUUCUCUACGAACUUGGUGGCGGGCUCUGCUCUCCAGGACGGGGGUGUUCACCAGUUCACCCCUGCCUAUGAGCGAGUGACCCACUGUACGUGUGCUCGGACGGGUCGCCACCUGGCUACCUUCACUCGGCAGCCGGGGUCCGACCUGUACACACUGACCACUGAGUCCCCUCAGGUAGCUGCGUCUGCGUCUGCGUCAGGUCAGCUGUCGGCUCCCUGCUCGUGUCGCUCCCUGUCGCACCAGACCGUCCUCUGGCACCACCGCCUUGGUCACCCCUCUGUGCAGCGCCUUCGUGGCAUGCACUCCCGUUACCUUGUCUCUGGUCUUCCCAGAGUUCUCCCUCCCCUCCCACCCUCGCCUGCUCCUCCCUGUCUUCCCUGUGUCGAGGGGCGGCAGCGCGCCACCCCUCACUCCUCCUCGUUUCCUCCCACAGAGGCUCCUUUGCAGACUCUUCACCUGGACGUGUGGGGCCCAGCCCGCGUCCGGGGACAGGGCCACGAGCGGUACUUCCUGCUGGUCGUCGACGACUACUCGCGCUACACCACGGUCUUCCCUUUGCGCACCAAGGGUGAGGUCCCUGAUGUUUUGAUCCCUUGGAUCCGCGCUGCUCGUCUCCAGCUCCGCGAGCGGUUCCAGUCGGACUUUCCCGUCCUGCGUCUGCACUCUGACAGGGGUGGUGAGUUUUCCUCCGCCCUCCUGGCUGCCUACUGUGCGGAGCACGGCAUCCGCCAGACUUUCACUCUUCCGGACUCCCCACAGCAGAAUGGGGUUGCUGAGCGUCGCAUUGGUUUAGUCAUGGAGGUCGCUCGUACCUCCUUGAUCCAUGCAGCUGCCCCCCAUUUCCUGUGGCCGUUUGCAGUGCGGUACGCUGCGCAUCAGCUCAACCUUUGGCCCCGUGUCUCUGCUCCGGAGACCUCGCCCACACUGCGUUGGACGGGGGAGGUUGGCGAUGCGUCGGUGUUCCGUGUCUGGGGAUGCCGAGCCCUUGUUCGCGAUACGUCCGCGGACAAGCUCUCCUCCCGUGCCGUUCCCUGCGUCUUCCUUGGCUUUGUCCCUGACGCGCCUGGCUGGCAGUUUUACCACCCCACCUCGCGCCGUGUCUUUGCGUCUCAGGACGUCACCUUUGACGAGACGGAGCCCUUUUACCGACUCUUCCCCUACCGCACUGCCCCCCUCCCUCCCCCGCCGCUUUUCCUCGCUCCAGGUCCCCCUCCGGUAGACCCCCUUCCCCCUCAGGGUCCUGCUCCUUCAGGUGUCUCUCAGGUAGACCCUCCUCCCGUCGCUGAGCCUGUCGAGGUCACAGAGCAGGUCCUUCGCUAG